AUGACUGACAAAUAUGUUCCAUUAAAAAAUGAAGAUGACUCUAUUCAGGAAAGUCCAAAAAAUGCUACUAAUAUUCAACAACAAGUUCAACAAGAACAUAUUGAAACACAACCUCAAAUUUUCUUAGCACCAUUACAUAAUGAUGAACAUUCAUUUUAUCAAGUUCAACAACCUCAAGAACCAGUUGAUAAAAGCUUACAAAAUCCAGCAUUCAUAUUAUUUGUAUUAGGGUUCUUCCUUCCAUGUAUUUGGAUUUAUAAUAUUGUCAAAUAUAGAAAUUCAGGAGAUUUAAUUGAAAAGAGAUGGGCAUAUUGGUCAAUGAUAGCACUUCUUUGUGUUACUAUGUUCUAUGCUGUCUUAAUUCUUGUUGUUGUCUUGGUUUAA